UAGCUCGCAGAGAGAGGUUCAACUUGGUUACCUUUUCUGUAUGUCACUCACUGUUAUCGUUUACUUCUCCUGUUUCUGCUCCAAUACAUGGCACAAACAUCAGAGCAACACUUUGAAUCAAGAGAAGGCUUUAAGAAAGAAUUGCCCCACAUUGACGUUCACGCAGUUCUCGCUCGUUGAUCUGUGGGCUGGUGUGUUAUUUUGUCUUGCGGGCAAUAUCAACCGUCACAAAAAAUCACAAGUGGACAAAUUAGAAAAACACUAGGCAAAUUAAUGUGUUUGCCUGUUGUGUAUUCCCCAGUGCCCAUGUGUGGUAGACAACUCAGUGAUUUAUUUUUGCGAGGAGGUAUUUCUCGCAACACCGGCCUGCCUAUCAGCUGUUCGCUGGUCUCAGCGGCGUGAGUGUCAUCAGCAUCACUCCCUUACCUCGGCUCGGUGAGACGGCGGUGUCAGACAGGCUCCCUUCCCUGGGUGGUACCAGUGUAGUGCAGAGACGGCCUGAAUGGGUGCGGAUGCGAGUGAGGUAUCUCCCCCAGCCGUCCCCUCGACACAGCCAUCACCCGCCUGAGGAUUGGCCACAGCCGCCUCAAUGCACACCUGCCCAGACUGUCUAUAGUCCAGGAUCCUCACUGCCCAUGGUGCCCCACACAACCCGACACACCGGAACACCACCUCCACUGCAUAAGAUUCCACUCCUUCCGCACCAACCUCAGAGCUUCCCUAACAAGACUGCAUUCACAGGCCAACCCUAGAGGACCUGCUGGGCAGCGACACUCUCAGCCCCGACACAGCCUUCCAAGCCCUCAAGUGUACGCAGACCUUCCUGCAGAAGUCAGGGCAACUCGAUAGGAUCUAACCACCACACCAGUGACAGAACGACAACCAAAAACAACACUGGAUAGCGACUACUACUGACGGGGCUCUAGAGGCUGUGGUCCCAUAACCUAACUAGCCCCAUAAAAAAACCCAAGAAGAAGAGAGUGAGGAAUUAUGUUCAGAGGGGUCAGACGCCUGUGGUCUGGGAUGUUUGGUCGCUACCUUUGGGUGACUAACACUGUAAGCUGUGGGGGUAUGCUAGCCCUCGGGGAUGGCAUCCAGCAACAAUUGGAGCAUGCCAGGGGUGUUGGCACCAACCCCAACUAUGACUGGAAAAGGACUGGCAGAUUGUUCCUGGUGGGGCUGAGCCAGGGACCCCCACACCAUAUCUUCUAUCUGUGGCUUGACAAGGUGAUGCCUCAAAGGACUGGCAAAGUGGUGUUCAAGAAGAUCCUGGCAGACCAGUUCCUUGGGGCUCCUUUCUUUGCUGUCACAUUUUUCCUUGGAGCAGGGCUUUUGGAAGGACACACACUGGCUGAGUCUUGGAAGGAGUUCAAGCAAAAGUUUCCUGCAGUGUAUGCUUUUGACUGGAUCAUCUGGCCACCGACGCAGGCCAUCAAUUUCUACCUGAUUCCAACCCCUUACCGAGUACUGUACAUCAAUGUGAUCACAGUGAUCUGGGAUAUCUUCCUCUCCUACAUGAAGCACAAGGACCAAGUUUCAAAAAUCACCAAAGAUGAGCCAUAACAAAAGCACUAAUCUGAAGAAGUACCAUUAUAAUGUUGAAGAGAGAGAAUUUUAUCAAUCACCACUUUUUAUAUCAAAGGUAUGUUCUGUAAUAGAUUUUAGAUGAUAGAUUUUGCUUAUGUUAACAUGCUCACAGAUUUUAUUCUUUGUGAGAUUUGAUUAUCAGGUACAGAGCACAAAGACAGGCUGUGAUGAGCAUAUCAAUUUUUUUUAACACAAGGGUGAGAAUGACCUCUUAGAUAGAUAGAUAGAUAGUUUAUUCGUCAAAUUGUGAUACAUUAAAUUUUGUAUACAAAAUGAAAUUCAUUUUGGCUUAAGAGCUCCCUAGUAGUUAUUUGUACAUUAAAAAUAAAUAAAAUCAAUGAAGCAAAAAAAGCAUUUAAAAAACAUUACUAAAAACAUUAUUUGGGCUAUUCAUAUAAAAAUCGUAUACAUGCAGUAAUAAGUUAUUUCUACCUUUAUCACAAACUAUCAUAUACAGUUAUUAUGACUACUUACACCUAAAAGUUAUAGUGAUGAUAGGUGGUUAAAGAGGAGAAUGCUUUUAGGUACAAAUGACUUUCUGUACCUGUCAGUACGCUGCAUGGGCAGAGCUAACCUUCUACCAGAUCUUAGAUAUGUAUAAUAAUUAUGUAGCGGAUGAGUUAUAUAUUUCAUAAUCCUGUCUACUUGUUUCAUUGUACCUGUCUGAUAAAGAUUAUCUAGUGAUAUGGUCUCUGCACCUAGUUUUCCUGCCUUUUUAACAAUCCUUCCUAGCUUGUUUUUAUCUUUACAGGUAAGCUUUCCAUACCAGGCAGUGAUUGAAAAGUUUAAAACUGAUUCUAAUGCUGAUUUAUAAAAUAGGCUAAUUAUCACUUUAUCCACACGUAGAUUGCUCAAGAUACGUACAAAGUGUAAUCUUUGGUUGCAUUUCCUUGCCACCAUAUCUGUAUUAACACUGCCCUUAACUGGUCAUCGAUCAUAAAACCCAGAUACUUAUACUGGCUUACUCUCUACGUUUUCCUCCUCAAUUUUUAAUAGAUCUGGUACGUGUUUAUUUUUAGUUCUGAAAUCGAAUAUCAUCUCCUUAGUUUUCUUUACAUUGACCUCCAAAAAAUUUAAUUUACUCCAAUCAACAAUUUUUUUUACUUGAGUUAGAUAGCUUUCAUAAUUAUCAUUAUCAAUUUUCCUAGGAUAACUGUAUCGUCAGCAUAUUUUAUAACAGUACAAUCCUCAGACUCACUUCUACAAUCAUCUGUGUACAAGGUGAACAGAACGGGGGACAAUACACAACCUUGAGGGGUUCCUGUGUUGGUGACAAUCACAUUAGACUUAACAUUAUUUACAUUAGUGUGUUGGGGUCUCUUGUGUUAAAAAGCUAAAAAUCCAUUUUAAGAUAUUUCUAUUUACACCCAUUUCUAGCAUUUUAUUGAGCAAAAUGUGAGGUUGCAUUGUAUUAAAUGCUGAACUAAAAUCAAUAUACAGUGCUCUAACUUGUGAUUUAGGUUUAUCUAAGUGCUUGUUAACAUCAUUUAGUAAUAUUAGUGUUGCAUCCUGUACACUCCUAUUUUUACAGUAAGCAAACUGCAUAGGGUCUUUUAAAUUAUUUGUAUUAUCACAAAUGUAGUGUAGUGUUCUCUAUGGAAUUGGUUUCAGAUCUAUCUAUAUCUCUGUCAUCCUAUUACCUCACAUGAACUUUCCUCAAAUUGUUGGUCAUGACAGACUUCAGUUGUCCUGGCAUUCCCUCUCAGUGUGCUCAGUCCUUUGCCUUUCAAUUCACUUUCUCCAAUACUUGUCCACUCUAUUGAUCCAUUUCACUGGUGUCUCCUCCAGCAAACCUUCUCCCUCAAUCCUGCCCUUAUAUGUUCUACAAUAUCAUUCUCAUUCAUUCACAUCAGGUGUUCAAAGCAUCAGAGUGCCAUGCUUCACUCAUUCAACCACUCAACAAUCCACUCCCUUUGCUGUUACUCUUACACCAAACUUUUCAUACAUAUUUCACUUACUUUCCUUAUCUCAUCUUGACAAUUCACAGGCACCUUUUAUUUAGCUUUUUUCACUGUGUAUCACGAGCCUCCAUGGAGUAGUGGUCAGUGUGCCUGGCUACAAUUCCGUGGACCUGGGUUUGAAUCCUGGCCCAGGCAGUUGGCGUGCAGCUCACCCAGCUGGUACUUUGGGAAACCUGGGGAAGGUAAACUGUGGCAAUCCCAUAUGUCACACUGGCCCAUGUCCUGGGGUAAUUGGUUCUUACCUACCACAGACUCAAAGGCAGUGGUGGGUACCGCUAACCGAAAAGUAAGCUUUGCUAACUGGUAAUCCACUAACUAAAAAGUUAGCUUCGCUUACACUAAACCGCUAAACUGAUAAAGAAAUUAGUGGAAGCUAACGCUAACCGCUGAUCGCUAACUUUUUUAUAUGGAUUUAACUUCGGUUUAGUAUUUCGGCUUUAAUACCCUUAAAAACAGACCUAGUGACUUGAAAUUUCAGUAUGUUCUAGCUUAGACAUAGAGCUUUUCAGAAAGGAAUAGUAUGCCAAAAUCAGAUUAUGAUAAAUGUGUACACAAAUAAACAAAUUAAAUUCAA